CGCGCCCUGGCGGCUCCGGGGGCGGCUGGAGCCCGUGAGGGCCGCUCGGCAGGAGGGAGGGGGCCGCAUGAUGAAACCUGGCGGCGGAUUUCAGCAGCAGCGGCAGCAGCAGGCGGCGGGGGAGGAGCCCGGCGGCCGGCUCUGGCUGCCUGGCACGGCGCAGAGCCGCCUCUUCCUCCCCACGCCGCAGCGAGGACGGCGGCUCUCCCCGGCACACGGUAACUCAACAGCUUCACAAUGUGUGGUAUCUGGGCCCUGUUUGGAAGCGAUGAGUGCCUUUCUGUCCAGUGUCUAAGUGCCAUGAAGAUCGCACACAGAGGUCCCGAUGCAUUUCGUUUCGAGAACGUCAAUGGAUUCACCAACUGUUGUUUUGGUUUCCAUCGCCUCGCGGUUGUUGAUCAGCUGUAUGGCAUGCAGCCUAUCCGGGUGAAGAAGUUCCCAUAUCUGUGGCUGUGUUACAAUGGAGAAAUAUACAAUUUCAAACAGUUGCAGAAGCAGUUUGGAUUUGAAUAUCAAACACUGGUGGAUGGUGAGGUUAUCCUUCAUCUUUACAACAAAGGAGGAAUAGAACAAACGGCAUCCAUGCUGGAUGGUGUAUUUGCUUUCAUCCUUCUGGACACAGCAAACAGAAAAGUGUUUCUGGCGAGAGAUACCUAUGGAGUCAGACCACUGUUUAAGGUGCUGACUGAUGAUGGAUUUUUGGGUGUCUGUUCUGAGGCAAAAGGACUUAUCAACUUAAAGCAUUCAGCAUCCUUAUUUCCUAAAGUGGAACCAUUUCUUCCGGGACAUUAUGAAGUGCUGGAUUUGAAGCCCUCUGGCAAGGUUGCAUCAGUGGAAUUAGUAAAGUUUCAUAGCUAUAAAGAUGAACCACUCCAUGCUGCUUGUGAUACAGUGGAAAAUCUACCUUCAGGCUUUGAUCUUGAAACAGUGAAAAGUAACAUCCGUAUUCUGUUUGAAAAUGCUGUUAGAAAGCGUUUGAUGGCUCACAGAAGGAUUGGUUGUCUUUUGUCAGGGGGCUUAGAUUCCAGUUUGGUUGCAGCCAUUCUUCUGAAACUGAUGAAAGAAAUGAACAUCAACUAUCCAUUACAAACCUUUGCAAUUGGAAUGGAAAACAGCCCUGAUUUACUGGCUGCCAGAAAGGUGGCAGCGCAUAUAGGCAGCGAACAUCAUGAAGUAAUAUUUAAUUCUGAAGAGGGAAUUCAGGCAAUCGAGGAGGUUAUCUUCUCCUUGGAAACCUACGACAUAACAACAGUAAGAGCUUCAAUCGGUAUGUAUCUUGUCUCCAAGUACAUACGCAAGAAAACAGACAGUGUGGUCAUCUUUUCAGGAGAAGGCUCAGAUGAGCUGACACAAGGAUAUAUAUAUUUCCAUAAGGCGCCGUCUCCCGAAGAAGCUGCAGAAGAGAGUGAGAGGCUUCUGAAGGAGCUUUACCUGUUCGAUGUACUUCGUGCGGACAGAACUACUGCAGCACACGGACUUGAACUGAGAGUCCCAUUUUUGGAUCAUCGUUUUACUUCUUACUAUUUGUCUCUACCAGCAGAAAUGCGAACCCCAAAGAAUGGAAUCGAAAAAUACCUUUUAAGACAGUCAUUUGAAGACUCCAACUUACUUCCCAAAGAAAUACUCUGGAGACCCAAAGAAGCUUUCAGUGAUGGCAUAACAUCAGUAAAGAAAUCCUGGUUUUCUAUUCUUCAGGACUAUAUUGAUCAACAGGUUGAUGACCUUCUGCUUGAAAAGGCAGCAGAGAAAUACCCUUUUAAUCCUCCUAAAACAAAGGAAAGUUAUUAUUACCGCCAGAUCUUUGAGAAGCACUACCCAGGACGAAGCAGCUGGCUGCCCCACUACUGGAUGCCAAGAUGGGUUAAAACUGCUGAUCCUUCUGCUCGCACAUUGAAACAUUACAAGUCAGCUGCCCAAGAAUAGGCUGUUGAAGUAAUCCCCCAAAUAGAAGUACUGCAAGCAAUUUGCAUACACUCCGCUUUAAAAAUAAAAUAAAAAUGAUAAUAAAAAAAGAAAUAUGCAAACC